AUGCGGCCGCCCGCGCUCGCCCGGCUGCUGCUGCUCCAGCUGCUGCUGCUGAAGCUGCACCUCGGCAAAGGCGCCGUCAAGGAGUGCGAGGAGGACCAGUUCCAGUGCGGGAACAAGCGGUGCAUCCCCGCCAUCUGGAAGUGCGACGAGGACGACGACUGCUCGGAUAACAGCGACGAGGCGGACUGCCCAAAGAAAACUUGUGCUGAGUCUGAUUUCACUUGUGACAACGGCCACUGCAUCCCUGCCAGGUGGAAAUGCGAUGGCGAAGAAGAAUGUCCUGAUGGAUCAGAUGAGUCAGAAGCAGCAUGCACCAAGCAAGUAUGUCCAGCUGAAAAAAUUAGCUGUGGAGAUUUGAGCAACAAAUGUAUCCCGUCGUCCUGGAGAUGUGAUGGGCAGAAGGACUGUGAGAGCGGUAUUGAUGAGGCUGGUUGCACUCCUGCGUGUUCCCCCAACGAGUUCCAGUGCAGUAACAGGACGUGCAUCUCCAUCAUCUUUGUGUGCGACGGGGACGACGACUGCGGGGACGGCAGUGACGAGCGCAAGUGCUCCCCUCUGACCUGCAACCCCAAUGAGUUCCAGUGCAACAACAGCGUGUGCAUCCCGGAGCUGUGGGUGUGCGACAACCAGCUGGACUGCGAGGACCAGUCGGACGAGUCCGUGGAGAAGUGCGGCUACGACGCCAAGGCGCUCACCACCUGCGCGGCCCACGAGUUCCAGUGCGGCAACGGCGAGUGCAUCCACCUGAACUGGAAGUGCGAUGGGGACGAGGACUGCAAGGACAAGUCCGACGAGCAGGAUUGCCCUCUGGUGACCUGCCAGCCGGACGAGUUCCAGUGCGGCGACGGGACCUGCAUCCACGGGGUGAAGCAGUGUGACAAGGUGCACGACUGUCCCGACAACAGCGACGAGGCCGGCUGCGUCCAAGGUACAAAUGAAUGCUCUAUGAACAACGGUGGCUGCUCACACAUAUGUAAAGACUUGAAGAUUGGUUAUGAAUGUGAAUGCCCUCCCGGAUACAAGCUUCUGGAUAAAAAAACAUGUGGAGACAUAGAUGAAUGUGAGAAUCCAGACGCUUGUAGCCAGAUCUGCAUUAAUUACAAAGGGGACUACAAAUGCGAGUGCUACGAGGGAUACGAGAUGGACACCCUGUCCAAGAACUGCAAAGCUGUAGGCAAGAGUCCAUACCUGAUCUUCACCAAUCGCCAUGAAGUUCGCAAGAUAGACCUAGUGAAAAGGGACUACUCUCGCAUCAUUCCCAUGCUGAAGAACGUCGUGGCGCUGGACGUGGAGGUGGCAACAAACAGAAUAUAUUGGUGUGAUUUGUUCUACCGAAAAAUCUACAGUGCCUACAUAGACAAAGCGAGCGACACAGCUGAGCAGGUGAUUUUAAUAGACAGCCAGCUGAACUCCCCUGAGGGACUCGCGAUAGACUGGGUGCAUAAGAACAUCUACUGGACGGAUUCGGGAAACAAGACUAUCUCGGUUGCCACUGCAGAUGGAAGCAGGAGGAGGACACUUUUCAACAGCGACCUCAGUGAGCCGAGAGCCAUUGCUGUCGAUCCCACGCGGAGGUUCAUGUAUUGGUCUGACUGGGGAGACAAAGCUAAGAUUGAGAAGGCAGGCCUGAACGGUGUGGGGCGGCAAGUGCUGGUGACUGACAACAUUGAGUGGCCUAAUGGCAUCACGCUUGAUUUGCUGAAUCAGCGUCUCUACUGGGUAGACUCCAAAUUGCAUUCACUGUCCUGCAUUGAUUUCAAUGGCAGCAACAGAAAAGUUCUGAUCUCUUCUGUUGAUGAUCUGAGCCAUCCUUUCGGCUUAGCAGUGUUUGAGGACAGAGUGUUUUGGACUGACCUGGAGAAUGAAGCAAUCUUCAGUGCAAAUAGGCUGAAUGGCUUGGACAUCUCCGUUUUAGCAGAAAAUCUCAAUAAUCCUCAUGAUAUUGUGGUAUUUCAUGAAUUAAAGCAGCCCAAAGCUCCAGAUUCCUGUGAGCUCAGUCCCCAACCAAAUGGAGGCUGUGAGUAUUUGUGUCUGCCUGCACCUCAAAUCUCUCCUCAUUCUCCCAAGUAUACAUGUGCCUGUCCUGACAACAUGUGGCUGGGUCCUGACAUGAAAAAAUGCUACAAAGAUCUUCCAGCUACUUCAACCAUCCUGCUGGUUUCUACAGCCUCUCAAAGUGCCACUAGUUCUACAACAGCUAUUGCAGCUGUAACCGACAGGGCCAGCAACACCACUGAAGUCGCCCCCAAAACUGCAUCAGAGGCUGCUAUUACUAUGCCAAGUUUUCAUUUACCUCCAACCACAUCUAUUCUAAUAGAUUCUGAGAUGACCACUGGAAACAGCAAUUUAUCACAGCACUAUGCAAAUAACGGUGAAGGCUUUGAUUCAACUGUGACAGCAGCUGUUAUUGGAAUUGUCAUUCCUGUUGUGGUCAUUGGCUUGCUGUGCACAGGGGGGUACCUCAUCUGGAGAAACUGGAAACGGAAGAACACUAAAAGCAUGAACUUUGAUAAUCCAGUGUAUAGGAAGACAACAGAAGAGGAAGAUGAAGAUGAAAUCCAUAUUGGGCGGACUGCCCAAAUUGGACAUGUCUACCCAGCACGUGUAGCAUUAAGCCUAGAAGAUGACGGGUUGCCAUGA